UUAAUUUUAUUCAUAAACUGAAUAAAUAUAUUUAUCAGAUGAAAGCGAUGUAAACAAAACUGUUAGUGACUUGGUCUUGAAUAAUUUUGGCUCAAAGUUUGAUUCUAGAUCUAGACUUAGAUAUCAGUCUAGAACUGUUUGAUAAAUUAUCUUUCAUCAUUCAAGUACUACUGUCUCUAAUGAGUUCAAAUGUUGAUUUCAUUACUGACGCUGAGGCUUGAACUUGCAUCUGAUUCUUCGGAAUUAAAGUAUUUGAAAACCUACACCGCGGUCAACCAACAUAUUUCAAAACCAAAGUCUUACGCUUCUGUGCUUAAGGGAAACCAUCCAGUUGAAAUUUCCACAUCUGCAGCAGGUAAAGCUGAAUACCUGCGCAAGUCAAUUUCAAGAGAGAGAACUCUUAGUGAUCAAGACAGUGACACACUAAGCCAGCUCAAUCUUACAAGUGAUAGCUUAGAAAGAGCGGAGGAGGACACAAAAUACGGUGUGGACAACAUUACCUGCAGGGGGAGGCGAGAGUUUAAAGACAUUUACGUUGAAUUGAUCGAUGAAGAAGUUUUUCAGACACUCCUUCAAGAAACAGAUUCAGAAAAGCUUACAAUUAGAAUGAAUGAUCAUGAGGCAUCAACUAGUAAAGUUGUGGAAGAGAAAGAUUCUGUUGAGGACAAUGAGGUAGAGAGUUUUCAUGUAGUUGGUAGGCAGAGAGUUUCUAAAUCUGAAUCGCAUGACAGAUCUGCAGGGCCCUCUGUCCAGCAUAGCGCUACACAAAGGCCCAAAAGCCACAGUCCCACCAGCAAGAUGCCAACCACUGUGAAUUUUUUCAGCGGGAACCCAUCUGUGGAACUUACUAAAGGAAUACUGCACAUCUACAAGGAUAAACAGAUGACGUCUCUAGAUAAAGAAGUAGCAAGAAGUGAGAUGCUGUGCAUGAUGGGUGUUCCAGCAUCAUACACCAUUCAUGAUCUCAUUGAGUUUAUAGCUCCCAUGGGAGAUUGUGUGACCUACAUGCAAGUACUGAGAGAUGCUUUCCCCAACCAAUACAUGUUGUUGAUCAAGUUCAGAGAUCAGGCUUCCACUGAUGAGUUCUAUAGCUAUUUCAACAACCGGCAGUUCAACUCCAUAGAGUCACACAUUUGUUACUUGGUGUAUGUGGCCAAGAUUGAAAUCAUGACGGAGACAGAGGGAGGCAGUCUACCCUUAAUGAAUUUAACAGAGUUGCCUAAUUGCCCAGUGUGUUUAGAGAAAAUGGAGGAAUCAGAUGAUGGUAUUUUGACAGUUUUGUGUAAUCAUGCAUUCCACACCCACUGUUUGGCUCAGUGGGGGGACACCAGCUGUCCAGUGUGUAGAUAUUGUCAGACGCCAGAGGAAGUGGCAGAUCAGCGAUGUAUGCAGUGUGGUUCACAAGAGAGUUUAUGGAUUUGUUUGAUUUGUGGUCAUGUUGGUUGUGGUCGUUAUGUUGGUACACAUGCUAAAAAACAUUUCCAGGAUACAAAUCACACCUAUGCCAUGCAACUAGGAACCAAUCGUGUCUGGGAUUAUGCUGGGGAUAACUACGUUCACAGGCUGGCUCAGAACAAAUCUGAUGGGAAGUUGGUGGAGCUGGAUGAGGGAGGCAAUGAAUUCCAUGAAGAAAAAUUGGAUUCUCUUUCUCUAGAGUAUUCCUACUUGCUAAGUACCCAGCUGGAGUCCCAAAGAAUUUAUUUCACUGAACAAAUCCAAUUAGCUGUCAAAGAUGUGGAGUCUAAGUUUAAAGAAUCAACAGAAAGAUUAGAACAGGAAAGAGUUGCAAGGGAGAAAGCAGAAAGUAAACUGUCAGAAACUGUGAAAGAAAAACAUGCUCUGGAGAAAAAAUACAAUCAGUUGCACACCAAGACUUCCAAAGUUCUAACAGACUUAAAAGAUGAACGUCAGAUGAAUUCUAGUCUUCAAGAGAAUCAAAAGUCUUGGCAGGAAAGAGUGACCAAUUUGGAGAAACAAUUGGAGACCAAAGACAGGGAAGUGGCUGAGCUGCGAGAGCAACUGAGGGACAUCAUGUUCUAUCUUGACGCUCAGCAGAAACUGGCCACCUCUUCAGGUCUGUCACAGGAGGAGCUUCAGGGGGGCCAAGUCAUAGUCGGAGAAGCAGGCACACCUCUGAGCAGCCAGAGCAAGAAGACCAGAAAAAAGAGAUAGGUCAAGCUGACACCCUCUGCUCUGUCAGUAACUUCAAGUAUUUAUUUACAGUGAUACUUCCUUUCAUUCUACUGAUGAGAACUUUUGAUAUGAUGAUUUUGAUGAUUAGUUUGACAGAAUCUUCAGUUAAAUUGUCAGCUAAUGUAAUUGUAAUGGGCGAUUUAUAUUUCUUUGAAAGUGGGAUAGCUUUGACAAGAAAGGUUUAUAUAAAUUCAAUAGCAUACUUUUAUAUUUGUUGUUAGUCCAUCGUAAUCAAAUGUUCAUAGAUAUACCACUUCUUUUGUCCGGGGUGGGGGGGGGGGGGGUCUGAGGGCUCCGCUUUGCAUUUUUAUGCCUCCAGUUGUGACUGUUAGAGAUAUGUAAGUUGAAUCUGGAAGUUGAACCUGGAAUGGAAUAUUCAGUUGCAACGCUGCUGGUGCCAAUUUGAUUAGCCAUUUCUUUCUGCAUUGUCAGUUUUUUUGUCUUCUAAAUUUUUAUAAGACUAUAAUUGUUAUUAACAAUGUAUGUUCCAUUAAAAGUAAACUUUUUGCUAUGUUUUUCAUAGUUUUGAUUGAAAAGAAACAUACUUACUUCAACAAAUAUUAUUGAGUUGUUGUUUUUUUUUCUUUUUUUGGGAGUAGAUAAAUAACUUAAACAUAAAUUUAAGGCCAAAGAGUAAAGUAUAUAGUUAGAAUCAGGCGACAUGUUUAAUUUUGAGGCUUAUUAUGUUGUACAUACACUUUCAUUUGACAUUGAUAUUUGGAUAGAUAUCAAUGCAUUUUCCUUAAUUUUGUAUAUCAGUAUUUUGCUGACACUCUUUUUCUAAAACUUUUAUCUGCCCUGGAAUAUUUAAUAAUUGCAUUUUUGUUUAAAGUAAAAUUGUUACUAUGUAUUUAAAUUUGUUCAUAAAUAGUGCAAUUUGUAUUCAGAACUUCAUUGAUUUCAAUGGGGAAUUAGUCUGGUUUAUUUCAUUGUUGCAAUUGUUCAUAGACAGACAUCUUUAUUUACUGUACUGGACAGAGAUAGAGGACUACAGUUACUGUACUGGACAGAGAGGACUACAUUUGCUGUACUGGACAAAGAUAGAGGACUACAUUUACUGUACUGGACAGAGAUAGAGGACUUCAUUUACUGUACUGGACAGAGAUAGAGGACUACAUUUACAGUGCUGGACAGAGAUAGAGGACUACAUUUACUGUGCUGGACAGAGAUAGAGGACUACAUUUACUGUAGUGGACAGAGAUAGAGGACUACAUUUACAGUGCUGGACAGAGAUAGAGGACUACAUUUACUGUACUGGACAGAGAUAGAGGACUACAUUUACUGUGCUGGACAGAGAUAGAGGACUACAUUUACUGUGCUGGACAGAGAUAGAGGACUACAUUUACUGUGCUGGACAGAGAUAGAGGACUACAUUUACUGUGCUGGACAGAGAUAGAGGACUACAUUUACUGUGCUGGACAGAGAUAGAGGACUACAUUUACUGUGUUGGACAGAGAUAGAGGACUACAUUUACUGUGCUGGACAGAGAUAGGGGACUACAUUUACUGUACUGGACAGAGAUAGAGGACUACAGUUACUGUACUGGACAGAGAUAGAGGACUACAUUUACUGUACUGGACAGAGAUAGAGGACUACAUUUACCGUACUGGACAUUUACUGUACUGGACAGAUGGAAGAGUUAAAUCUAUUUAACAUUGGUUUUACUCAAGCAUUCUAUGCAUAAAAACAUUUCAUGUUUUUUCCUUUGUAGUGAUUCUUAACUUGAAUGUUAUGACUGUAGAUUCCAAUGAUUUUAAACUUAGAAGAUGAAAGUAAUCUUCUAGGCUUAAUUUUUACACUGUAGAUAUUUUGAUUCAAAGCAUUUACUGUACUGGACAGAGAUAGAGGACUACAUUUACUGCAUACAUCUAUUGAUCCCUUGCACUUGGUCUUUCCUUAUUCUGCUUUGGAAUUAGAGUAAACUAAUUGUCUUAAAAAAAUAAACAUUUUGAAUCCAAAAACUAAUUGCUACUUCAGAAUUUUAUAUAGUCAAAAUAUUUGUAACCAAAUACAGAUCAAUGUUUCAAAACUUUUAAGUGGUAGACCUGAAAGAGUUCACAUCUUUAGUUUACUAUGGACAUUUUUAUUUUCUAGCUGUUUUGAAAUACAUUAUAUGGAAAUUUCUUCAUGGACUCAAAUGUUUUUUUCCCACUUUUUGGAUAAGCUACUUUGUCAGGUUGAUGUAUAAUAGUCGCAGGGAAUUCUGAUGUGAUAAGUAUUUCUAUAAAGCUAUAAAUCUUUCAUAGUGAUGUGAUAAGUAUUUCUAUAAAGUCAUAAAUCUAUCAUUGUAAUAUAAUAAAUUUAUUAAUUCUAAAUUGCAGAUUUAAAACAAGAAACUAAGACUACAAGAGUUACACAAUGCUAUUGCUUAAGACAAAAACAAAAUGUAAAGCUAACUGUCCCAUGCAGUCUGUAACAAUAAAUGCAGGCAUCACUUAUAAGUAACAAAAGAUUGCUUAGAAUGUCAAUAAACUGUUUCUUCCUACAUUGUGUGUCAAUGACUCAUUUAAUCACCAAGGAUUUUAAAAUCCUGUUUUAAGUGACCUCAAAAUUAUACCGGUAAUCGAAAUUUUCUUUUCAAAUAGCAUUGCAUUGUCCAAUUGAUGGUCAAGUCUAGGGAAAAAUAUGUUUAACUGGUACAUCAGAAAUGUGUUUCUGUUGAUUCAGUGAAUGAAACAAACUUCUCCGUCAAACUUUAGUCAGCAACAAUAAAACUAUACAUUUAGAUUUAGACUAGACUUGUAGUGCUCUGCAUUUACUGUUGACAGUCACAUAUAUAUAUAUAUAACAUCCAGGUUAUAUAGGUAACAAUCAUUUAAAAUGGGUCAAAAUUCAAACCAAAAACAGGUGUUCACCAAGAAACUGAUGAAUCCAACUAAGAAUUUGAAAAAAGUUGAAAUCUAUGAUGCUGGUAAAACAACUACUUCAAGAUUAAAUAAGAUUGCAGCAAUACAUAAAACACUCAACAAAACGUACAAAUAAAAUAAAAAUAAGAAAUACUCCGAAACAAGAGUACAAACUCUUUUUUUCUUUUCAAAUACCUCUGGGACAUAAUGCAUAGCUCAAGUUUAUGUGUAGUGAAAUUACGUAUUUUAUGUUUAUAUAUAAUGCUAUAAAUGCUAUUUUUUGUAUAUCUAUGACAAUAAAUAGUCAAUCAACAUAGGAAUAUGAGUAAGAUGUAAUAAUCGUAUUUUGUUGGGACAUGUAUAACUUGAAUAAUCUCAUUUUUUGAAUAGUAAGUGAUGCUGUCACUGAUCUAUGUGGCGUACCAUGUUUGUGAUAUUAUUAUUGGCUAUUGGUAAAAGAAAAAAAACAUUCACUUCAUUAACAUGAUUAUUUGACUUUUGUUCAGUACUUGUCUCCCCCCCCCCCCACAUCAUACCCUAGCAAUGUUGGUUCAAAUGAAAAUCAUGUGAUUUCAAGGUCAUGUGAUGUAUAUAAUUGAUCUGAAUAAUUCAUGUCUAGUUUGAAUAUUGUGAUUCCAAGUGAUGGGCUUUAUAUGUGACCCUCAAUAAAAACAUGUUUACAAUA